ACAGGGUUGAACUGUCAGAUUGAGAUCGAGAGAUAAAAAUGAUUCUAUAAGUAAUUAGCACACAAUUAUUUCGGUAAAAAAUAGUCUAUUAUGACUAUUAGAAGAAUUGAAUAGUGGGUACACUUACCAAGCAACUGCUUCUUGUAUAUAAACUCAUAUUUUAUCUCAAAUAACAGCUAAAGAGAUGGCAGACGAUGAUGAUGUGCCGACACUGUCAGCGGAGACAUUUGCUGCACUGCAGGACUUUUAUGCUGAGCAGCAGCGGAGACAGGAGAUACUCACCAAGUUAGAGGCUGAUGAUAAACUCAAGGAGAACAUUAUAUUUGAUGAAAAUUGGCAAUUGAGCCAAUUUUGGUACGACGAGGCGACAGUACAAAGCUUUGUUAAGGUGGUGGAUAGUGUUGUGGCCGACGGUGGUCGAGUGGCGCUUAUAUCGUGCCCCACACUGUUUGUGCCAAUCAAGAGGCAAAUUGGCUAUAGAGCUACUGUGUCACUAUUGGAGUACGACAGGCGGUUCGAUGUCCACGCGCCAGACUAUAUCUUCUACGAUUACAACACGCCUGACAAGCUGCCAAUUGAAUCCUUGAACUCCUACGACUUGGUACUCGCUGAUCCGCCGUUCCUCUCCGAGGAGUGCUUAACUAAAACAUCGCGUACCAUUAAACUGCUGGCCAGAGACAAAAUCGUUUUGUGCUCCGGCGCCGUAAUGCAGGAUCACGUUGAAAAAUUAUUAAAUUUACAAUUGUGCAGUUUUCAGCCAAGGCAUAGAAAUAAUUUAGCUAAUGAGUUCUCGUGUUAUUCCAACUUUGAUCUGGACAGCAUACUGAGGUGAGAUCCACAGUUUGUCAUAAUAUCAUAAUGCCUUGUUCAUCAACCGAAGGGGUGAAGAAAUCCUUCAA